AGCAAUGAAGGUCCAAACCCUGCUCUUCACCUGGCUGAUGGGAAGUGCUGCACGCUUGACUCCCGCAGAGGGCUUCAAGCUGCCGCCCUGCCAGCCGAUCACGCAGACGGUGUCCCUGGAGAAGGAGGGCUGCCCCAAGUGCCACACGGUGGAGACCACCAUCUGCAGCGGCCACUGCGCCACCAAGGAUCCGAUCCGCAGACUGGACUUGACCAGCAUGUACCAGCACGUCUGCACCUACCAGCAGGUGGAGUACCGCAGCGUCCGCCUGCCGGACUGCUCGCCGGGAGUCGACCCCGUCGUCACCUACCCGGUGGCCUCCAGCUGCCACUGCGGCCUGUGCACCCUCAACACGUCCGACUGCACGUUUGAGAGCCUGCAGCCCGACUUCUGCACGAACGACAUCCGCUUCUACUACUGA